AUGUCUUUACAUGCACCAACGAAUGAAAACGCAGUUGCCCUAAUUAACAUUUUAAAUCGUCAAAAUAUAUUUCCGCCGCUGUUAAAUGAUCCGGAAAACCUGAUACCUCCUGAAAAGAAGACAGAAAAUGGUACAUUACAACCACGUAGACCGCAAAACGCCUUUUUUAUUUUCCGCCAAAAUGUUAUACACGAAGCGAGACAGUUCAAGAUAAGUAACAUGCGACUUAUCAGUAAAGCUGCGAGCAUAAUGUGGCAGAACGCUAGUAAAAAAGACAUCGAAGUUUAUAAACAAUUAGCAGCACAAGUUUCAGCAUUGCAUCGACAAAAAUAUCCAAGCUUCAAAUAUGCAUCAGCACGAUCGAAUAUCGUUUUCCGACGACAAUCGAAAAAUUCAACUGUUAAAGGCUUGAAUUCAUCUAAUGGAUAUUCUAAAGAAAACACGUCAUCAGAGUUUAAUAAUUUCGAAUCAAUCAACGAACAGGUCAAUACAAAAAUGAAUAUUCAGAACCUAUUCCCGAAUCCAGUCUCAGAUUAUUUUUUCACUCAGUACGACUGUAUGCAGCCGAAUAUGGACUUUGUUAACUAUGUAGAUGUAUAUGAGGCAGAAGUUAACUUUAAUACCGGUUUUCACGAAGCUUUAAGAUAA